AUGGGGAUCAAAGAAUUUGAAAUGUCAGUCCAUGUCUCAACAUCACAGUUGCAGGCUCAAUCAAAACUGACUUGGAAAAAGGCCUUAACAGUGUCUAAUUAUAUUAUGGGUGCUGCACAAUUUUCCAAUCCAAAACCACCAUCUGAGGAGAAAGCAUCUGAUCAAUAUCAGACGACAAAUAAAGUAGCCCCUCAGACCUCAAUCACCUUUGUCUACCAAGCAAAAGUAGCAGAAUUUCUGCGCAAUGUAACAGUGACAUGGUGCAAAAAUCUCAUCAACCAUUCCCUUAGCAUCACCGUGGAAAACCCUUCUGAUGAAAAUAAACACACUUGCAAGGUUGAUAUAAGGGCUUGGCAAUUUUGGGGUAGAAAGGGUCUGAAAUCCUUCGAGUUAGAUGGGAAACUAGUAGGCAUUUUCUGGGAUUUUCGACAGGCAAAAUUCUCCAGCUCCCCGGAACCCUGCUCUGAUUAUUAUGUUGCCAUGGUCUCCGAUGAAGAGGUGGUUUUAUUGCUAGGGGACUUAAAAAACGAAGCUUUUCAAAGAACCAGAACAAGACCAUCCUUAGAAGAUGCUAUCUUGUUGUACAAGAAAGAGCAUGUGUAUGGAAAAAGAUCGUUUUGCACCAGAGCCAUGUUAGCUGAUGGUGGUAAAGAACAUUACAUUUUCAUUGAAACUUCUCUCCCCGGCGCCGGGCCCGGUGAUCCUGAGAUGUGGAUUAGCAUUGACAGCACAGUUUUGAUUCGAGUUAUGAACUUGAACUGGAGAUUUAGAGGAAAUGAGACGGCAAUGGUGAACAAUUUGCCCGUACAAAUUUUGUGGGAUGUGCAUGAUUGGUUGCAUGGAAAACCCGGGUCAGGCCGGCCUGGCCUCUUCAUCUUCAAGACGGGCACACCAGAAUGUGCAUCAGAUGAUGAUCUUGAUGAUGAUGAUCCUGAUGAUGAAAAUGAAGGUGGCAGUAUAUAUGGCUCUGCCUCAUCACAAGGAUGCCCAUCAACCCCAGAGUUCUGCCAUUUUUUAUAUGCCUGGAGAACUGAUCAUCAGUAA